AAAAUAUAUUUAUUCACAAUAUCUUUAACCACCCGUAUAAGAUUCGUGGAUGAGUUUUGUCCGAAGGUGUAAAAGAAACUACUUCAUCUGAAUGGGAUGCUGUUGCGACGAAGACGACGGCGAUAUUCUCCGCCAUCUCAUGAAUUCUAAUUUCGCUUCCCCUUCUUCCACCCAAACCCCACCUCCUUCCACUUCAACAGUAAUCUCGCCAAUGAAUUCUCAUUUCUCGGCACUAUCCUCCACCGACACCCUCCAAAUCAUCUUCGAGAAGCUUCCGAUCCCCGAUCUCGCCCGUUCGAGUUGCGUGUGCCGAGUCUGGAACUCAGUAGCCUCACAAAGAGAUAUUGUAACCAGAGCUUUCCUAGCACCAUGGAAAUUGAAGGACGUAGUUGGAAACCCGCUCUCUAGAAGCUUCUGGAGAGACAAUUCACUCGCCAAAUUCGCAAUCUCGCACCGAAUUAUGCGCGGAGACAGCGUUGCUAGUCUCGCCGUCAAGUACUCCGUUCAGGUGAUGGAUAUUAAACGAUUGAACAAUAUGAUGAGCGAUCAUGGCAUAUACUCGAGGGAAAGGCUAUUAAUUCCUAUUAGUAAUCCCGAUAUUCUUAUUAAAAGAACUUGCUUUAUUGAGCUAGAUGUUAAUGCUAAACGAGAAGUUGCAGUAUUGUACCCUGACGAUGUACCAGACAUAAAGAGUAGCUAUGUAUCAACCAGAAUAUCCUCAGAAGAGAGCAACAAAAAGGUGCUUGAUUCCUUGAAGAGAAGCAUGCAAGUUGAUAGUGAAACUGCUCAAUACUACUGGUCUGUUUCAAAUGGGGAUCCUCGAGCUGCUCUUGCUGAAUUUUCUUCAGACCUUCAGUGGGGUAGGCAAGUAGGUCAUUCCUAGUCUUUGGAAGAGGUUAAAUUCAAGUUCGACCCUUGUUUGAAAUAAUCGGGAGGUUUGGUGACCGGUAAAUGGAUAAUGAAUAGUUAAGAAUUCAAGAUGUUGGGUCAGCCAAGUGUCUGCUUUAAAUCUACUAUAUUAUGUUAGCUCUUCUUCAUUGAAGAGUUGAAACUGGAAUAAGUCACUUCCUGCUCUGUGAUAUAUAGUACUAAUGUGGUGAGAUGUGUUCAAAAUUUGUGUAACUUGUAAUAGUUUAUAAGUACAUUUAUACAAGAAGACAAUGUAUUAUUUUUUAAACUGAAAUUGAAACUGCAUUUAGUACAUAAGAAUUUGAUUUA